CAGGCUGCAGGCUCUGUGCAUGAGAUCUGCGAGAUGAGUGUCCCUGAGGUGGAAGAUCACAUCUCUCAGAAAUAUGACAUUAAGAAGCGUCUUGGAAAGGGGGUGAGUGCAUGCUCUUAUUAUCAAUAAUUGUUGAAGCAUUAAAGAGUCACAAGAUCCCUAACACAGCUUAGCUUGCUGAACUGCUUUGUGUGAAAAGUGUGUCCUAUUUUCAUAAAAAAUUGGCACUUUUAUAAAUAUAUCUUGUUACACCCCCUGAUUGUAAAUCAUACAACCGAUGAGCAAAGCUUCCAGCCUUCACUAUUCCCUGACUCAGCGAGCGACGCUCCCAGCCUCCUCUAUUCCCUGACACUCCUAACGAUGCUCCCAGACUCCUCUAUUCCCUGACACAGCGAGCAACUCUCCCAGACUCCUCUAUUCCCUAACACAGCGAGCCACACUCCCAACCUCAUCUAUUCCCUGACAUAGCGAGUGACGAUCCCAGCCUCCUCUGUUCCCUAACACAGCGAGUGACGCUCCCAGACUCCUCUAUUCCCUUACACAGUGAGCCAUGCCUAAUCUAUUCCCUGACACAACGAGCAACGCUCCCAGCCUCCUCUAUUCCCUGACACAGCUAACGAUGCUCCCAGACACCCCUGUGCCCUGACACAGAGAGCAACUCUCCCAGCCUCCUCUAUUCCCUUACACAGCGAGCGGCUCUCCUAGCCUCCUCUAUUCCCUAACACAGCGAGCCACACUCCCAGCCUCAUCUAUUCCCUGACACAGCUAACGAUGCUCCCAGACUCCUUGUGGCGAAACCAACCUCGCCACUGGGCAUUGGAGAAGCCUGUUUGCCCGCCUCCUGCCUGCUGACUAUGGCCCCUGGGAGAUUUGGCCCUUUAAAUACAGUAUUUGGGCAUAUUGUAUUUUAUUAUGCUGCUGCUGGCCCUUUAAGAACCAUCUGGGGACAUACUGUGGAGUUACAUUUCAUGUAUCAGAGGCACAUGGUGAGAACAAUAAUAGGCGGCCAUUUUAACUCAUAGGCACUGUUUGGACUUUUCUACACGGUGCCAUCUCGCCAGUAUUUGGUGCACGAAGACAUAGUUCAGUAGUUUUAAACUAUACAACAGGGGACACAUUAUACAGUAAUUAUUUUUCAUAUAGCCUGUAUAUUUUCUGCGGAAUCUGCAUUAAACUGUAUCUUCCAAAGUACUGAACGGAUCUGGGUGAAUUUUGGAUAUGUGGUUCACCCAGAUCCCCCGGUUCCAAGGAUAUGGGGUUAUUGCAUGUUUUGGAGUCCCUGUGAUAUGUUUUAUAAUACUGUGUAACGGACCGUUUUGCACACAAGGGGUAAAAACCGUUUAGGCGAUCGUCCCCCUUUCCAGAGAUGCAUGCACAGCUAUCGUAGAACAUCAAACACACGAACCGCCAAUAAGUGAAUGCUCCAAACUCCCGAACGGCAUCCAAUAUAGCACUCCAAACACACGAACAGGAACCAUACGAAUCGCUGCUUGCAGACGAAUAAGAAAAGCAUCCAAGCGGCUUACACUCCUAGCAAUCAGUCUCUAUCAGCAUUCAGUCAAUCCCCCCAAAGACGAGACAAGGCUCCGUGUUGAGGGUCAAGCACUGAACAGACAGAGCUGUGGGUUUAUUGUGCUUAUGUACACAUUCUUACACAUUAGUACCACCCACAGGGUUUUGGAACACAACCAAUAAACACAUACAAUACACUCAGACACUCCCACACAAAAUCCUCCCCUCUGCAUGUGAUUCAAUUACCUUACACAAUGGGUAAUGUAAUUUAGCACAAGCAGAGAAAUACAAUUUUUCCACAUUAUUCAUAACUUGAAAAGUAUGCAUCACAUUCACAUAAACUUUUCUGCCCAAAACCAGUUCCACAGAGUCUUCUAGCCAGGAGAUAAUUGUGAAGUAAUCCAAUUAUCUCCAAAGACAGAGGCAAAACUCCAUUGAACACAUGGCAGCAAAAAGACAGUAAAAUACAAUAAAAUACACAAGGUUACAUUUAUGACAUAAAAUACAGACAUAUGCCCAGAUAGCUUAGGUCUGAGCGCACAUUAUUACUGAAUGGCGCUCAGAGCACACACACACAGUUCAAUUGCCAUGGAGCCAAGUCUUUCCCAUAGUCUUUCAUUAUACAAAUGGGCUCCAUGGCAUAGCUAUCUGGGGUAUCACUGCUCAAACAGGGCAAGCACCAAAUGACCCGGCUUUCUUGUCUUUGCAGGGGAAAAUCAAGCCUUUUAACAUGGGGCCAUAAUCCAAAGGCAACAGGCGAGCAACCAGGCUUCUCCAAUGCAAUGUGGCGAGAUUGCUCUCGUCACAUACUGUAUUUCUCUGCCUGUGAUAAUUAUAUUACCCAUUGUGUUCAGUAAUCAUAUCACAGGCAGAGGGGAGGAUUUUGUGUGGGAGUGUCUCUGUGUAUUGUACAGAUUGAUUGGUUGUAUUUCAAAACCCUGUGGGCAGUACUAUGUUUGUGGAUUGUGAAUAGGACAGUCAGUUCUGCUUGACCUCAAAACGAAGUGUCGUCUCGUUAUUGGGGGAAUUGGAUUGCCAGGAGUGUAAGCUGAUUGUAUGGUUUUCCUGUUCAGCUGUUUACAGCAUUCAUAUGCUUGAGAGCAUUCGUAUGCUUCUCCGGUUCGGUGGUUGUGGUGUCUGCUGCAGUGCUUGGAGUCCUCAGGAAGCGCUAGGAGCAUCCUUCAACGGAGGUACCCAGUCGGGGUGCCAGGUGAUCCGUUACACUCCUCUAUUCCCUGCCACAGCAAGCGACUCUCCUAGCCUCCUCUAUUCCCUGACACAGCGAGCGAUUCUCCCAGACUCCUCUAUUCCCUGACACAGCGAGUGAUUCUCCCAGACUCCUCUAUUCCCUUAUACAGCGAGCGGCUCUCCUAGCCUCCUCUACUCCCUAACACAGUGAGCCACACACCUCUAUACCUUUACACAGCGAGUGACUCUCCUAGCCUCCUCUAUUCCCACACACUGCCAGCGACUCUCCUAGCCUCCUCUGUACACAGCCAGCGACUCUCCCAGACUACUCUAUUCCCAUACAAAGCGAGUGACUCUCCCAGCCUCCUCUAUUCCCAUACACAGCGAGCGACGCUCCCAGACUCUUCCAUUCCCUGACACAGUGAGCCAUGCCUAAUCUAUCCCCUGUCACAGUGAGCGACGCUCCCAGCCUCCUCUAUUCCCUGACACAGCGAGUGACGAUCCCAGCCUCCUCUAUUCCCUGACUCACCGAGUGACGAUCCUAGCCUCCUCUAUUCCCUGGCACAGCGAGUGACGAUCCCAGCCUCCUCUAUUCCCUGACUCACCGAGUGACGAUCCUAGCCUCCUCUAUUCCCUGGCACAGCGAGUGACGAUCCCAGCCCCCUCUAUUCCCUGACUAAGCGAGUGACGAUCCUAGCCUCCUCUAUUCCCUUACACAGCGAGUGACGAUCCUAGCCUCCUCUAUUCCCUUACACAGCGAGUGACGAUCCCAGCCUCCUCUAUUCCCUGACUCACCGAGUGACGAUCCCAGCCUCCUCUAUUCCCUGACACAGCGAGUGACGAUCCCAGCCUCCUCUAUUCCCUGACUCAGCGAGUGACGAUCCCAGCUGCCUCUAUUCCCUGACUCAGCGAGUGACGAUCCCAGCCUCCUCUAUUCCCUGACUCCGCGAGUGACAAUACCAGCUGCCUCUAUUCCCUGACUCAGCGAGUGACGAUCCCAGCCUCCUCUAAUACCUGACACAGCGAGUGACGAUCCCAGCCUCCUCUAUUCCCUGACUCACCGAGUGACGAUCCCAGCCUCCUCUAUUCCCUGACUCAGCGAGUGACGCUCCCAGCCUCCUCUAUUCCCUGACACAGCGAGUGACGAUCCCAGCCUCCUCUAUUCCCUGACUCAUCGAGUGACGAUCCCAGCUGCCUCUAUUCCCUGACACAGGGAGUGACGAUCCCAGCCUCCUCUAUUCCCUGACUCAGCGAGUGACGAUCCCAGCCUCCUCUAUUCCCUGACUCAGCGAGUGACGAUCCCAGCCUCCUCUAUUCCCUGGCUCAGCGAGUGACGAUCCCAGCCUCCUCUAUUCCCUGACACAGCGAGUGACGAUCCCAGCCUCCUCUAUUCCCUGACUCACCGAGUGACGAUCCCAGCUGCCUCUAUUCCCUGACACAGCGAGUGACGAUCCCAGCCUCCUCUAUUCCCUGACUCAGCGAGUGACGAUCCCAGCCUCCUCUAUUCCCUGACUCAGCGAGACGACCCCAGCCUCUGUUCCUCAUUCAGCUGGUGACGCCCCAGCCUCCUAUUCCCUGACUCAGCCAGUGACGUCUCAGCCUCCUCUAUUCCCUGACUCAGCGAAAGUGACGAUCCCAGCUCUAUUCCCUGGAUUCACCGAAAGGACGCAUCCCAGCCUCCUCUAUUCCCUGACACAAAGAAAGUGACGCAUCCCAGCCUCCUAUUCCCUGACACAGCUUAUGACGCAUCCCAGCCUCCUCCCUGACUCACCGAAAGUGACGCAUCCCAGCCUCCUAUUCUGACAUUAGCCAGUGACGAUCUCAGCCUCCUCUAUUCCCCUGACUCCAGCGAAAGUGACGAUCCAGCCUCCUCUAUUCCCUGACUCACCGAGUGACGAUCCCAGCCUCCUCUAUUCCCUGACACAGCGAGUGACGAUCUCAGCCUCCUCUAUUCCCUGACUCAGCGAGUGACGAUCCCAGCCUCCUCUAUUCUCUGACACAGCGAGUGACGAUCCCAGCCUCCUCUAUUCCCUGACUCACCGAGUGACGAUCCCAGCCUCCUCUAUUCCCUGACUCACCGAGUGACGAUCCCAGCCUCCUCUAUUCCCUGACACAGCGACCGAGACGAUGACGAUCCAGCCUCCUCUAUUCCCUGACACAGCGAGUGACGAUCCCAGCCUCCUCUAUUCCCUGACUCACCGAGUGACGAUCCCAGCCUCCUCUGUUCCCUGACUCAGCGAGUGACGAUUCCCAGCCUCCUCUAUUCCCUGACUCACCGAGUGACGAUCCCAGCCUCCUCUAUUCCCUGACUCAGCGAGUCCCAGCCUCCUCUGUUCCCUGACUCAGCGAGUGACGAUCCCAGCCUCCUCUAUUCCCUGACUCAGCGAGUGACGAUCCCAGCCUCCUCUGUUCCCUGACUCAGCGAGUGACGAUCCCAGCCUCCUCUGUUCCCUGACUCAGCGAGUGACGAUUCCCAGCCUCCUCACAGCAGUACUGUUUCCCGGUUUGGAAGGUGAUGGGAAGGAAAGGUGGUUUCAAAAGAAGGAGCAAGGAGGUGACUGCUGUGAUAUACUGAUUUACUCCUCAUUCCUGGAAACGAAUGCCUUUGAAAACGUGGGGUAGGUUUAUCAAAUUGUCACGGAAUAGUCUGUGCCAUUUUAGGGAUUUUUUGUCUGUCAUGAAUCCGUUCUGACGUUCCUUUCCUUUAUUCAUUAUUUUUAUUACUGUCGUUUUUUUUUUGUUACUUGUUUUAUUUCCUAAUAUUAAAGGGUUACUCCAAUCCGGUUUAGUUUCCUAUUGAACACUUGUUGCUUGGUGCGGGACCCUGUAAAUGAAACUUACCUGUAAGCCAGGUUCUUAUUGGUGUAACUAGCCCCGGAUAUCAAUGUACAUCCAGCAUUAUAAGCAGAAACCCUGCACAUACAGCUGAUACUCGAAAAAUUAGAAUAUCGUGCAAAAGUUCAUUUAUUUCAGUAAUGCAACGUAAAAGGGGAAGCUAAUAUAUGAGAUAGACGCAUUACAUGCAAAGCAAGAUAGUUCAAGCCGUGAUUUGUCAGAAGUGCGAUGAUUUUGGAGAGGAUCUGACUCCUGAUUUAAUGUUUUCCCCUCUAACCUCAGGCAUAUGGCAUUGUUUGGAAAGCCAUUGAUCGCAAGACCGGGGAAAUUGUUGCUGUGAAAAAAAUCUUUGAUGCGUUUAGAAACCGAACAGAUGCUCAGGUGAGUUCUACAUUUACCCAUAGUGCUUCCACUCUGCUUCUGACAUCACCCCCUCCCCGCACAACCUCUCCCAGCACAAUGCUCUGUUACCGUACCCCUCCAGUACAAUGAGGGGCAUUGUAACAGAGCAUUGUGCAUAGAGGGAUACAUCAUAAAGUGGAUCAUACAGUGUGACACCCGGCUGUGUAACAGAGUGCAUCGUACAGUGUGACACCCGGCUGUGUAACAGAGUGCAUCGUACAGUGUGACACCUGGAUGUGUAACAGAGUGCAUCGUACAGUGUGACACCUGGCUGUGUAAUAGAGUGCAUCGUACAGUGUGACACCCGGCUGUGUAACAGAGUGCAUCGUACAGUGUGACACCUGGCUGUGUAAUAGAAUGCAUCGUACAGUGUGACACCCGGCUGUGUAAUAGAGUGCAUCGUACAGUGUGACACCUGGCUGUGUAAUAGAGUGCAUCGUACAGUGUGACACCCGGCUGUGUAAUAGAGUGCAUCGUACAGUGUGACACCUGGCUGUGUAAUAGAGUGCAUCGUACAGUGUGACACCCGGCUGUGUAAUAGAGUGCAUCGUACAGUGUGACACCCGGCUGUGUAAUAGAAUGCAUCGUACAGUGAGACACCUGGCUGUGUAAUAGAGUGCAUCGUACAGUGUGACACCCGGCUGUGUAAUAGAGUGCAUCGUACAGUGUGACACCUGGCUGUGUAAUAGAGUGCAUCGUACAGUGUGACACCUGGCUGUGUAAUAGAGUGCAUCGUACAGUGUGACACCUGGCUGUGUAAUAGAGUGCAUCGUACAGUGUGACACCUGGCUGUGUAAUAGAGUGCAUCGUACAGUGUGACACCUGGCUGUGUAAUAGAGUGCAUCGUACAGUGUGACACCUGGCUGUGUAAUAGAGUGCAUCGUACAGUGUGACACCUGGCUGUGUAAUAGAGUGCAUCGUACAGUGUGACACCCGGCUGUGUAAUAGAGUGCAUCGUACAGUGUGACACCUGGCUGUGUAAUAGAAUGCAUCGUACAGUGAGACACCUGGCUGUGUAAUAGAGUGCAUCGUACAGUGUGACACCUGGCUGUGUAAUAGAGUGCAUCGUACAGUGUGACACCUGGCUGUGUAAUAGAGUGCAUCGUACAGUGAGACACCUGGCUGUGUAAUAGAGUGCAUCGUACAGUGUGACACCUGGCCGUGUAAUAGAGUGCAUCGUACAGUGUGACACCUGGCUGUGUAAUAGAGUGCAUCGUACAGUGUGACACCUGGCUGUGUAAUAGAAUGCAUCGUACAGUGUGACACCCGGCUGUGUAAUAGAGUGCAUCGUACAGUGAGACACCUGGCUGUGUAAUAGAGUGCAUCGUACAGUGUGACACCUGGCUGUGUAAUAGAGUGCAUCGUACAGUGUGACGAGCGUAUAGUGUGAGGCGGCUCUCUAUACUGACUGCCAGGUGUAAAGGGCGGAGUUUAUAACAAUGAUUGACAGGGAGCUAAGAUGGAGGUGGCUCUCUCUAUACUGACUGCCAGGUGUAAAAGGCGGAGCUUAUAACAAUGAUUGACAGGGAGCUAAGAUGGAGGUGGCUCUCUCUAUACUGACUGCCAGGUGUAAAGGGCGGAGCUUAUAACAAUGAUUGACAGGGAGCUAAGAUGGAGGCUGCUCUCUCUAUACUGACUGCCAGGUGUAAAGGGCGGAGCUUAUAACAAUGAUUGACAGGGAGCUAAGAUGGAGGCGGCUCUCUCUAUACUGACUGCCAGGUGUAAAGGGCGGAGCUUAUAACAAUGAUUGACAGGGAGCUAAGAUGGAGGUGGCUCUCUCUAUACUGACUGCCAGGUGUAAAGGGCGGAGCUUAUAACAAUGAUUGACAGGGAGCUAAGAUGGAGGUGGCUCUCUCUAUGCUGACUGCCAGGUGUAAAGGGCGGAGCUUAUAACAAUGAUUGAUAGGGGGACAAAAUGGAGGCACCCAGUUAAUUAUAUUUUUCACAUCUUUCCAGCACAUAUUUGUUAAAUAUAGGGGACAGGGAAACAGUGCUAUGAAUCCUGGGAAAUUACAGUUCCACCUUAAAAUGGAGCAUUUUCAGAGCUUUUAUACAAACUAGGUGACAGAAGACAGACACAAGUCAGGAAUGGGUGUUCUACUGUUGUAGAAUUAUUAGGCCUCUAUAAAUUUGUAAGGCCCCUUUAAAUCCUCUUGCUAUACCUCUAAGAGGCCCCCAUAGUUUUACAAGGAAGCUUUGUCUAUAGAACAUAGAAUUUGCAUGUCAGCAAGAAAUAGCUUUGAUAAAAUGUGUAUUUACUAAAAUCCUUGAAACUUAACCUUGAGAAACUAACAAGUGCCAGCUACGCUCCAAAUGGAUAGCUGCCAAAAGGCCCCUCCCGUCGAGUGAGCUCCUCAUUUUAACAAGAUGGCGCUAAAACCUGUAGGAGUUAAGAAAUUACGUAGAUAGUGACCUAAGAAUGGGGAGGGCAUUUUACUAACAUCUUAGCACCUAAGCCAAUUAACAAUGUCUAUUUGUCUAUAUCUUGAUUUUCUUCAAUGAUGUAAUAAUGCCUUUAUAAGGGUCUGCGCACCCAUUUUCUGUCAGAAGCCAUUAAACUUCUCUGAAGUUCUUUCAUUACCCUGAACCUUGUGUCUCAGUGUGAAUUUACUUCUGCGUGCACGCAACUUUAUUAUCUUUAAUUUGGACAGGAACAGAUAGUCAUUCAAACUAAUUGGUUUGCAGUAAAUCAUCUAGAACAAUUGGCGCCCAACGUGGGGCUCUGGGCUAUGUCCAGUCUGGGCAGCUGUCCAAGAAGACGCUGGGGGGGCUGAAUCCUGGGGGAAGGAAAAGAGCCUGAUCACCUCUGAAUACACGGUAGAGAUUGCUGCAGCACCUAGCCGGUAUGUUCCUACCCCUGUGAUUGACCUGCCCCAGUGUCUGUGACUGCUGCCGAGAGGACAUCAAAGUCAGGUAAUAACUUGCCCAGAGUCUUUGUAUUGUUAAUGAUACCUAGUUUACCUGCAUGUUGACUAUCUGUUGCCUGGGUGUGUUUGUAUUGGUAUGUGUUUAACUUAGUACCCGGGGAGUGUAAGUGCCUGUUUAACCCCUUUUAGGUACCACAUACCUGUGGUAGUAAGGAAAAAGGGGGGUGGACCUGUGGAAGUUUUCCUGGGGGUCCUCUAUUGCCUGUUUAACUCUUUUAGGAGCCACGUGGCUGUGGCUGUAAGGAAAAAGAGUAGGGGGGAUCUGUGGAGGGCAGUAGACUCACUGCUUCCUGGGGAUCCCCAGAGUGUCAUUUUGACCGCUUAGCUAGCCUCAUCAGACACUUCUUCUUGGUAAAAUUCCAGUCUCAAGCGCUGAGACAGGUAAGAUUCCAAUUCUUUAGGCUAUACAGGAUUCGGGUUGGAAGCUGUUGCUGUUUCCUGUGGCUGCUGGUAGUGAGACUUGCGGGUGGGUCCGCAACAGGGACACUACGAGGUUGAGGGAGGUGGCUUUUGGCCACACGAGUAAAGGCAAGGGAUAACACUGUUGAACUUAUUUGAACUGUGAUGCAUGCACUGUAUUUACACUGAAAUGUUAUUGUCUUAAUUGUCUGUCACACAGAUUCCUGUGUUUACUUCUAUCUUACUCACUGUACUAUUUACACUUUCCCCUCCUAUUUCUCUUUCUCUUUGUUGAGAGAAGUGAUUGGUCACACACUUCUCGCCACGCUCCAAUCCGCGGCUACCACGGGUAGGCGGAAUCAGUGACUAGUCUACGUUUUGGGAAGACGUACUUAAAGAGCUUGCUCUUAAAGUAGCAGUCGAGCACGGUAGACGUUCUGUUCCUUUCUCUCUCUAUAUCUGGGACGCCUUAUAUAGGGAGGAUGGGACAGAAGUUAGAUAAACCCAGUAAGGGUUGGUUAGCAUGUGAUCUAGUGGAAGACAGAGAAGGAGAAGAGAUGGUUAAGAAAGUGAGUAAGAUUGCUAAAGUAUGUGGAAUUACCGUACCUCUGUGCGGCAGAUUGUAGCCAGAGAGCUGGCGUAAGUUACUGACAGAAGAAAGGGAAGCUGUCGGACCAAGAUUUGGUUUGUACAGCAGAAGCCUGGUACCGAGUAGCAAGAGCUAUUCAGCAAAAGGGAUAGGUUGAGGAAGAUAUUGAUCACAAAGGUUUAAGAUUGUAUGUAUAUCAUAAUAAUUGUGUUACUGGGAAGUUAUCCCAGCAGUGCCCUGUCCAGGAGGUGACCACUUCCAUCAUCCUGUCAGUAAUGACCGAAAUGUAGCUGACCAUGGUCACCAUCCCACCCCAAUCUUAAAACGCUGUGGGGUUUUUGUAUUUUGUGUUAGCCAUUACCCUGGUAGAGGGUGGGGGUAUAAAUGAAAUGUUGUGUUUUUGUGUCUCUUUGCUUUGUAAUGUAAUUGUCCUUCUGUCUUGUUACUGUACAGCGUUGACAUGGUUAAAUUCGUGCUGGCAGGCAGUCUCUCUCUUGUUCCACUCAAAUCCCCCUCUGCUAAAACACCCCCCCCUCCCCUCGCUUCUGUGAGACGCGGGGGGGGGGGAGGUGGUGACAUGCUUGCGAUUUAGGUCUGUCUCUUCGGUGUUCUGUAGAGUUAUUCAGAAGCUACUGAUAAGAGUAUAAGGUACUGAGGAUUGUGGGAGUGACGAGCUCACAAGAUUGCAUUCAGUGUUGAAUACGGGAUUUAGGAAGGUGUAGAGGGAAUAUGCGAUGUUGUUAAGUCAGUAUAAGAGGAGGAAAGUGAUUAAUGGUUUGAGGAAGAUAAGGGAAUUUGGUUGAAUUCCGCGAGUUUAUUUUGCAUCAUUUUAUUAUUUUAAAGUUAUUUUAAAGUACAUGUUUCUAGAAACAGCUGUAUGGGCUGUUAAAUGCAUAAUGUUCUCAACUGUCUUAUUUAACCUGCCAGGUCUGUUCAUAGUUUAGUAUUUCAUUUUGCAGAACGGAAUGUUGCUUCUCUGACUUAUUUUAAUAGUUAUAAUAUAGUGUAUUGUUGAAGGUGACGUCACUUCCGCCCUUACCAUGCCCACACCUCCUGUCUUCCUUUCCCACACCUAUCAUGGACGUCAUCUCACUUCCUCCCUUGCUGUCAUUUCCUUCCCCGCCCCUGUCAUGGCUGCCUCCAUCAUGAGGCCUACCCCUAUUAUGCUCGUCCCAUUUAGAUAAUUACUGGAACAAUCAUGCCAUUUGUUUCCCUGUAUCAACAAUUUGUCCGUGAUAUAAAAAAAAAAAAAAAAGAAGGUUGCUAAAAUGUAAUUUGCAACUGUGGUGUGACCUACAAAUGAGAUCUGUUGGACACGAAUAUAAGAGCAUAACAGCUGAUUAUCCAGCUUCAUCUUGCAACAAGGGAAAUAGCUAAAUAAUGCAAGUUAUUUUAAACAUUGUAUCUUUACUUAAUCGAAUCUUGCUAGUUACAGAUCUUAUGUUUACAGUAACAUCCUUUACUUUAAAUGAUGGUUUAGCAUUAGAAGGGUUUGUGGCAUGUUUUAUUAACCCAGCCACUACUGGUUGUUUACUUAGUUACAGGGUGGUAUAAUUGUUAUAGUCUAAUUAAUAUAAAUGAUAGUACCGCAAUAGUUAAUGUUUUAUCCAAAGACAUAUAGGAACUUUACUUAACUUACUAUUAACCAUUAUUUAUAAUGAUAGACAUGUUCAGACUGCAAAAAGCUAUGGCUAAUGACAUAGAAAGGGGUUUGAGUCAGUAACACAGCCCAUACAGAGGAGAGCAAACCCGCUGAUGCUUAAUGCCCCUGCCAUGGCAGUGUCUACAGGGAACAAGGGGGGCCACUAGCCACUGUAACUUUACCUAUUGAAGGUCACCCUACUGCUUUCCUGGUUUCCUGGUUAACACAGGUGCAUCCCGCAGUGUUCCUAGAGAACAAGACCUGCCUGACUCAUCGUUCCUGCCUGACACCGAUGUCUCUUGUGUUGGUGCUGAUGUCCUAUCCUGCCUCCAAGCAUCCAUCACCCUCACUGCAGACGGCCAGGUUCAAUUAAAUACGCCUUUGCCACGAAAAGACACUACAGUUCUUUGUUCCCUUCCCAUUUUACUGUGGAGAUGAUCUACCCACAACAGAACAAUGCUCAAUUAAUCUUCUUUGCUACCUAGCAGAACAAGGAUGUAAAGCUUCACGUCCCAAGCUGCAAUAUUGCCAAUCUACUGUUAUCUUCCUUGGCCAUUGUCUGUCUCAGGGAACCAGACAUCUCACUCGUGACCGAGUUAGAGCAGUACUGGACAUUCCACCUCCAAGGAUCUCAAAGUCACUACACGCCUUCCUAGGCCUCAUUUCCUAUUGCCGAGCAUGGAUCCCAGAAGCCUCGCUCCUUAUGCAACCUCUUUAUGAUGCUCUCAAGUCAGACCCAUUUUGCUUGUCCACAGAAGCCCUUGACAACUUCUGUUCUCUCAAACGUGCUAUUGCUUCUGCUCCUGCUCUUGGCCUACCAGACUAUACCAAACCCUUCAAAUUGUUUGUUUCUGAAAGACAAGGCCAUGCAACAGGAGUACUCACUCAGGCUCAUGGUCCUGGAGGCCGCCAAAGGCCUAUUGGAUUUUUCUCCUGCCAACUGGAUAUUGUGGCCAGAGGACGUCCCUCUUGCCUUCGGGCCGUCUUUGCUGCCAGAGAGCUCAUUGAAAGAACUGGGGAUCUUGUCCUUGGCCACCCCCUGGUUGUCUUGGCCCCUCAUGACAUUUCUGCCAUAGUCAACCAGGUCCAACUUAAGCAUGUUACUCCUGCUAGGCAUCUUCGCCUUCAAUGUCAUCUUUUGUUGCCUGACAACAUUACCCUCCAAAGAUGUCAAGUUCUCAAUCCGUCCACUCUUCUGCCACUCCCUGAGGGGGGUGUAUACUACGGAUUCAUCAUGGACGAAACUUAUGUUUUUCUUCUCACUGGCACCAUCAAGAAGGAAAUGCAUCCCAACCUAUCCUUUCAUGAUGGACAAGCACUCCUUCAUGACGGAGCAGGAUAUGCCUUCUGUACCAUGUGGUACAAACCAAACAUCACUCCUGAACCCUGCUAUGAAGAUGAACUCUAUAAGCUGGUUGAAGUAAAACUCACUGCACAAGACUUCUACUGUGAUUCUGAAGGCAACAGUAUGGUCUUGAUUCAUCUACCUCCGGAACUCAAGCAUUUGUACCGUCAUUGGGACACUGCCAUUCCACAUGUCCCUGUGACCAAGUUGAAAACAAUAUCAUGGAAUGAUCUUGGGCCUAUGGCAAAAGCAUGGGCCACUAUGGACGAAUCACAGCUACAGGAAAAUGGUGUUGUCAAAUAUCCAACAACUGACCCUAAAAGCAUGGCCACGUCAUUUCCUGGAAAAUAAGUUCCAAGAUUUAACCAUAGUGAAUGAAUACGACCCAGAUACACCUCAUGACUGUUUUGAACAGAUGAAAAUGGAAACAACACAUCUACCAACUGUACAUGAAGACCCAUUGGUAGAUCCCGAUCUCACCCUGUUUGUGGACGGCUCAAGAUAUGCUGAUGAAGAAGGAAGAUACCAUACAGGAUAUGCCGUAACCACAACAGAUGAAAUUGUCAAAUCAUCAUCUUUACCAUCAACUAUGUCUGCACAAGAAGCUGAAUUGCAAGCCCUGACUUCAGCAUGCAAGAUCUCUGAAGGAAAGCGCGCCAAUAUCUACACGGAUUCAAGAUAUGCACUGGGCGUGGCUCACGACUUCGGAUUAAUUUGGAAAACAAGAGGAUUUCUUACCACCACCGGUACACCAAUCAAGCACGGUUCCGCAAUCAAGGAGCUGAUGGACGCCCUCCUACUCCCAGAAGAAGUGGCUAUUUUGAAGAUAAAAGCACAUGGGAAGUUGGACUCAGAUGAAGCAAAGGGCAACCAUCUAGCUGAUCAGGCUGCAAAACAAGCUGCAAAAGAACCACAGGAAGUGGAAAGAAGAGUGUCCGGAAAUGAAGAAACUCCCAUAUUUACUCUGCAGACUCUUCCAACUGACCUGAAAAUCCUGCGGGAACAACAGGCUACAGUUGCCCCUGAAGAAAUACAGAAGUGGAAACAGAAAGGGGCAGUUCUGAAGGAUGGAGUGUACUCCAACAACCUCAAUUUCUGCCUCCCUAAGAAUUUGUACCCAGCAGUCGUACAAUGGGCACACAGACCUGCACAUUUAUCAAAAGAUCUAAUGAAUGCUCUUGUACAAAAAUACUACCUCAUUGUCCCCAUACGAGAUUCUAUUUGGGACUGCACCUAGGCUAGGUUGCUAUUUUCCCCAACAACUACAACUUCAAACUGAUGUUUUAGUAGAUUAUGUAACUGAACUCGCAAAUGCUUUGAACAAAAUCCAUGUCCAAGUUUUCUCUAAAAUUCCAGAUCCUGAUUCUGACACAGGCAACCACAGUCUGCUCCCCGGUGACUGGGUUCUGGUCAAGAAAUUUGUGCGAAAACACACCCUGGAACCAAGAUUUGACGGACCGUUCCAAGUUCUCCUGAUCUCCCCUACCUCUGUCAAAUUGGCCGGAAGGCCUAACUGGAUCCACGCUUCCCAUUGCAAGAAGACACCUGCCCCAGAGGAAGCUAACUCUAUGCAACCAUGUGCCUCUGGUACAUUAUCUCCUUAGUUGGCCUCCUUAAAGCCCAGCAGGUGGCCAUCACCAAAGAUGCUAGUGGGUACACCUUCUGGUAUAAUUCAUCAUGUACCCAUGUGGCUACAUUCACUUUUGAUUACUGUGAUAUUGUAGAGUGCCCAUUCCCUAAGUCACAGAUUCAAGCCAUUUAUAAAGAUAUACCACAAGCAAAAGACCCUUACGUUUGUGCAGUAGAUGAACAAUGGGGUUGUGACUGUAACUACUGGGGGGCUGCGGGAUGGAAUACUGGGCCUGCCUGGGGUUAUAAACCCAAAAGUGCUUUAUCUAAGAUAGACAAUCAGGGUAGAUCCCUCCUUCAAAGAAUGACUUUAAGAAAGCCUGGAGGAAGUACCCCUAUGAAAUUAAUGUUAAAUAUUGAACAUCCUGGCCCCGAGGAUGCAGACCGAUAUGUAAUGGGAAUGUAUUGGAAGAAAGGUUCCUACAACAAAUUAGGUCAUUUCUACCUCAGAGAUAUGUACCACUCUCCAGAGUGGCAAGGGGCUGAUCAUAUGGUCCCAAAUCCGCUAAAACCACAUAUCCAGUCCUUUAAAGAUAUGAUGGCCAUCGCUAACCCCACUUUUGAAGAUACCAUGGCCGCUGAAACUGGAUUCAAUGACAUUAAUUUGUGGUUAGAAUGGAUGAGGUAUAAUGCUAACAAACAUAAUAAAACAGCAUGUUAUGUAUGUGGCGGUGCCCGACCCCACCUUGGCACCGUCCCCCUAACUCUCCCUUUAGAGAUAGAAGAUUGCUUCUUAAGCCUUUUUGCCUACCAAUAUGACUUUAAUAGGUCCCUCUGCAUGGCAUGGACGGCAGAAUACCCUCUCUUAGUUGAAAAUGUUAAGCCACCAGAUGGAGUCACAGUCUAUAGAGGUAAUUACACUUGUUAUGCCAUGUAUGACGGGAUUGGUAAAUUCAUGGGUAACUUUUCUAAAGGUUAUUGCGCCACUUACAGAACUGUUCCUAUACGCCUGUUGCAACACCAUACCAGGUCAUUGGGAGAUAUUUACUGGUUAUGUGGGGAUCUACAGUUAAGAUCUAGGCUGGAAACUGAGUGGUGGGGUGAGUGUACCCUGGCCAAAGUUAUCAUGCCCAUUCAUAUUAUUUCUGAUAAUCAUCAUGACACAUACGACCCUCCACAUACAUCAGCCAGAGUAAGGCGCGAAACCCCAGUAAAAGGCAGUUUUGACCCCCACAUUUACAUAGAUGCCAUUGGGGUGCCUAGGGGGGUACCUAAUGAAUUUAAAGCUAGAGAUGAAGUAGCUGCAGGUUUUGAAUCACUUUUUACCAUAGUCACUGCCAACAAAAACCUUAAUUGGAUUAAUUAUAUCUAUUACAACCAACAGCGCUUCGUGAACUACACCAGGGAUGCCCUCCAGGGCUUGGCCGAGCAAUUACAGGCCACAUCCCAAAUGACCUUCCAGAACAGACUGGCCUUAGACAUGAUCUUAGCCGAAAAAGGGGAGUCUGUAAAAUACUUCCCGACACUAUGACUUGUUGCACUUACAUUCCAGAAAACACAGGUCCUAAUGGUAAAGUCACUCUAGCCAUAGCUAAAUUAAAUAGACUCUCAGAAGAGUUAAAGAGAAACUCUGGAGUUACUGAUCCCUGGGAAAAAUGGUUUGGUUGGAUGACUGGUUGGCAGAGAGCUUUAGUCCAGAUUGGUAUUGCCUUACUAAUUUUUCUUUUUAUUCUCGCUCUUCUCAUUUGUUGUGUCCUCCCAUGCCUAAGGAAAUUCCUGCAGAAAACUGUAGACCAAGCAACACCAACCUUCACUCAUCUGACAAUCGAUGAUCAAGACCUCAUCUCACCCUGUAUUCCGCUACAAACUCUCCCUUAUACUGAUGAAGUGCAGAAAGUCUAGGAAGGGACAGUACAGGGACAGCGUCCGUCUUUAUGGGUAGACUGCCGUACGGAGAAGUAGUGGAUAAGCCACUAUGGGUUACCAGCGGAGUGAAGAGUGUUCCUGAACCGUACUGACGGAUGUGCUGCAGCCUGUUAGGGUCAAGAGAGGGAUAGACUUGCACUUUGCAUUAACACUAAGUCAGCGGUCAUGGGGUUUCUGUGUCUUUGGGCUAAUACUUCUUCUGAUACUAACAAAUAAAGUUUUGUCUUUUAGCAAAUAACAUUUUAGGGGGGACUGUUGUAGAAUUAUUAGGCCUCUAUAAAUUUGUAAGGCCCCUUUAAAUCCUCUUGCUAUACCUCUAAGAGGCCCCCAUAGUUUUACAAGGAAGCUUUGUCUAUAGAACAUAGAAUUUGCAUGUCAGCAAGAAAUAGCUUUGAUAAAAUGUGUAUUUACUAAAAUCCUUGAAACUUAACCUUGAGAAACUAACAAGUGCCAGCUACGCUCCAAAUGGAUAGCUGCCAAAAGGCCCCUCCCGUCGAGUGAGCUCCUCAUUUUAACAAGAUGGCGCCUACAUCUUGUGUCCACUCCCGUGUCAAGGAUGACAUCACCUCUUGAUAGGAGGGUACCUAACUAACCACUUAACACCUGGACCAAUCAAUAGUGUCUAUUUGCUGUAUCUUGAUUUUCUUCAAUGAUGUAAUAAUGCCUUUAUAAAGGGUCUGCGCACCCAUUUUCUGUCAGAAGCCAUUAAACUUCUCUGAAGUUCUUUCAUUACCCUGAACCUUGUGUCUCAGUGUGAAUUUACUUCUGCGUGCACGCAACUUUAUUAUCUUUAAUUUGGACAGGAACAGAUAGUCAUUCAAACUAAUUGGUUUGCAGUAAAUCAUCUAGAACACUACCAGUCCAUUUGUGAUAUGUACACCAUUCAGUAAUCUGUAUGCCUGACAGUAAUGGGGAUUUACAAAUUGUUGUGUGUAUUUUUUUUAAAGGGACAGUCUGCUGUUCUUUGCACUAACAUCUUGUCUUGCUUUGCAGAGAACAUUUCGGGAAAUCAUGUUCUUGCAGGUAAAAGACACAAUUAAUUUUCUUUAAAGCAUGUUUAUCUACAUUAUCUCUACCUUAUUCUACUUAUUCUGUAAGCUCCUCAGUCCUCAGACUGUCACAUAGAGCUCUUCCUAUAAGCUCCUCAGACUGUCACACAGAGCUCUUCUUGUAAGCUCCUUAUGCUUUUCAGUUAUCAAAUUAAAUAACUGUCUUUUGUUUUUAUUUCCUGCAGGAAUUUGGUGAACAUCCGAACAUUAUCAAACUGCUAAAUGUGAUCCGAGCUCAGAAUGAUAAAGACAUUUACCUGGUCUUUGAGUACAUGGGUAAGGUGUAUGUGGUUACCUGGUAUCUGAGUACCUGGGUAAGGUGUAUGUGGUUACCUGGUAUCUGAGUACCUGGGUAAGGUGUAUGUGGUUACCUGGUAUCUGAGUACCUGGGUAAGGUGUAUGUGGUUACCUGGUAUCUGAGUACCUGGGUAAGGUGUAUGUGGUUACCUGGUGUCUGAGUACCUGGGUAAGGUGUAUGUGGUUACCUGGUAUCUGAGUACCUGGGUAAGGUGUAUGUGGUUACCUGGUGUCUGACUACAUGGGUAAGGUGUAUGUGGUUACCUGGUGUCUGACUACAUGGGUAAGGUGUAUGUGGUUACCUGGUGUCUGAGUACCUGGGUAAGGUGUAUGUGGUUACCUGGUGUCUGACUACAUGGGUAAGGUGUAUGUGGUUACCUGGUGUCUGACUACAUGGGUAAGGUGUAUGUGGUUACCUGGUGUCUGACUACAUGGGUAAGGUGUAUGUGGUUACCUGGUGUCUGAGUACCUGGGUAAGGUGUAUGUGGUUACCUGGUGUCUGACUACAUGGGUAAGGUAUAUGUGGUUACCUGGUGUCUGACUACAUGGGUAAGGUGUAUGUGGUUACCUGGUGCCUGAGUACCUGGGUAAGGUGUAUGUGGUUACCUGGUGUCUGAGUACAUGGGUAAGGUGUAUGUGGUUACCUGGUGUCUGAGUACAUGGGUAAGGUGUAUGUGGUUACCUGGUGUCUGACUACAUGGGUAAGGUGUAUGUGGUUACCUGGUGUCUGACUACAUGGGUAAGGUGUAUGUGGUUACCUGGUGUCUGACUACAUGGGUAAGGUGUAUGUGGUUACCUGGUGUCUGAGUACCUGGGUAAGGUGUACGUGGUAACCUGGUGUCUGAGUACCUGGGUAAGGUGUAUGUGGUUACCUGGUGUCUGAGUACAUUGGGUAAGGUGUAUGUGGUUACCUGGUGUCUGAGUACAUGGGUAAGGUGUAUGUGGUUACCUGGUAUCUGAGUACCUGGGUAAGGUGUAUGUGGUUACCUGGUGUCUGACUACAUGGGUAAGGUGUAUGUGGUUACCUGGUGUCUGACUACAUGGGUAAGGUGUAUGUGGUUACCUGGUGUCUGACUACAUGGGUAAGGUGUAUGUGGUUACCUGGUGUCUGAGUACCUGGGUAAGGUGUAUGUGGUUACCUGGUGUCUGAGUACAUUGGUAAGGUGUAUGUCGUUACCUGGUGUCUGACUACAUGGGUAAGGUGUAUGUGGUUAACUGGUGUCUGAGUACCUGGGUAAGGUGUAUGUGGUUACCUGGUGUCUGACUACAUGGGUAAGGUGUAUGUGGUUACCUGGUGUCUGACUACAUGGGUAAGGUGUAUGUGGUUACCUGGUGACUGAGUACAUGGGUAAGGUGUAUGUCGUUACCUGGUGCCUGGAGCAAUUCCGGGUAAGGUGUAUGUGGUUACCUGGUGUCUGAGUACAUGGGGCAGUGUAUGUGGUUACCUGGUGUCUGAGUACCGGGUAAGGUAAGGUGGUUACCUGCGUCUGACUACAUGGGUAAGGUGUAUGUGGUUGGCCUGGUGUCUGGAGUACCUGGGUAAGGUGUGCUGUGGUUACCUGGUGUCUGGACUACAUGGGUGGGUAAGGUGUACGUGGUUACCUGGUGUCUGACUACAUGGGUAAGGUGUAUGUGGUUACCUGGUGUCUGACUACAUGGGUAAGGUGUAUGUGGUUACCUGGUGUCUGAGUACAUGGCUAAGGUGUAUGUGGUUACCUGGUGUCUGACGAAAUGGGUAAGGUGUAUGUGGUUACAUGGUGUCUGACUACAUGGGUAAGGUGUAUGUGGUUACCUGGUGUCUGAGUACCUGGGUAAGGUGUACGUGGUAACCUGGUGUCUGAGUACCUGGGUAAGGUGUAUGUGGUUACCUGGUGUCUGAGUACUUGGGUAAGGUGUAUGUGGUUACCUGGUGUCUGAGUACUUGGGUAAGGUGUACGUGGUAACCUGGUGUCUGAGUACCUGGGUAAGGUGUACGUGGUUACCUGGUGUCUGAGUACAUGGGUAAGGUGUAUGUGGUUACCUGGUGUCUGACUACAUGGGUAAGGUGUAUGUGGUUACAUGGUAUCUGAGUACCUGGGUAAGGUGUACGUGGUUACCUGGUGUCUGACUACAUGGGUAAGGUGUAUGUGGUGUCUGACCUGGGUAAGGUGUAUGUGGUUACCUGGUGUCUGACUACAUGGGUAAGGUGUAUGUGGUUACCUGGUGUCUGAGUACCUGGGUAAGGUGUAUGUGGUUACCUGGUGUCUGAGUACAUUGGUAAGGUGUAUGUCGUUACCUGGUGUCUGACUACAUGGGUAAGGUGUAUGUGGUUAACUGGUGUCUGAGUACCUGGGUAAGGUGUAUGUGGUUACCUGGUGUCUGACUACAUGGGUAAGGUGUAUGUGGUUACCUGGUGUCUGACUACAUGGGUAAGGUGUAUGUGGUUACCUGGUGACUGAGUACAUGGGUAAGGUGUAUGUCGUUACCUGGUGUCUGACUACAUGGGUAAGGUGUAUGUGGUUACCUGGUGUCUGAGUACAUUGGUAAGGUGUACGUGGUUACCUGGUGUCUGACUACAUGGGUAAGGUGUAUGUGGUUACCUGGUGUCUGACUACAUGGGUAAGGUGUAUGUGGUUACCUGGUGUCUGUACAUGGCUAAGGUGUAUGUGGUUACCUGGUGUCUGACGAAAUGGGUAAGGUGUAUGUGGUUACAUGGUGUCUGACUACAUGGGUAAGGUGUAUGUGGUUACCUGGUGUCUGAGUACCUGGGUGGUGUACGUGGUAACCUGGUGUCUGAGUACCUGGGUAAGGUGUAUGUGGUUACCUGGUGUCUGAGUACUUGGGUAAGGUGUAUGUGGUUACCUGGUGUCUGAGUACUUGGGUAAGGUGUACGUGGUAACCUGGUGUCUGAGUACCUGGGUAAGGUGUACGUGGUUACCUGGUGUCUGAGUACUUGGGUAAGGUGUAUGUGGUUACCUGGUGUCUGAGUACCUGGGUAAGGUGUAUGUGGUUACCUGGUGUCUGAGUACAUGGGUAAGGUGUAUGUGGUCACCUGGUGUCUGACUACAUGGGUAAGGUGUAUGUGGUCACCUGGUGUCUGACUACAUGGGUAAGGUGUACGUGGUUACCUGGUGUCUGAGUACCUGGGUAAGGUGUACGUGGUUACCUGGUGUCUGAGUACCUGGGUAAGGUGUAUGUGGUUACCUGGUGUCUGACUACAUGGGUAAGGUGUAUGUGGUUACCUGGUGUCUGACUACAUGGGUAAGGUGUAUGUGCUUACCUGGUGUCUGACUACAUGGGUAAGGUGUAUGUGGUUACAUGGUAUCUGAGUACCUGGGUAAGGUGUACGUGGUUACCUGGUGUCUGACUACAUGGGUAAGGUGUACGUGGUUACCUGGUGUCUGAGUACCUGGGUAAGGUGUAUGUGGUUACCUGGUGUCUGACUACAUGGGUAAGGUGUAUGUGGUUAACUGGUAUCUGAGUACAUUGGUAAGGUGUAUGUGGUUACCUGGUAUCUGAGUACAUGGGUAAGGUGUAUGUGGUUACCUGGUGUCUGACUACAUGGGUAAGGUGUAUGUGGUUUCCUGGUGUCUGAGUACAUGGGUAAGGUGUAUGUGGUUUUCUGGUGUCUGAGUACAUGGGUUAGGUGUAUGUAAUACAAUAUGUAUCCUGAUUAAGCCCCCCACGACUGAAGAUUAAUGUACAGUUCAGUGUGCCGCUCAGUGUGUGUACUUCCACCUCCUUCCCCUUACUGUGUUACAGACUAUGUGUUAUAUUGUGAUGUUAAUGUCCGUGUUUCAGAGACAGACCUUCAUGCUGUAAUUAAGAAAGGAAACCUUCUAAAGGACAUCCACAUGCGAUACAUCUUGUACCAGCUCCUCAAAGCCACCAAAUUUAUUCACUCGGGAAAUGUCAUCCACCGUGACCAGAAGGUGAGACCUCUUCUCCAUUACUUGCUGAUUUCUGAGCCCUCACUGCUACACCUCCUGUCCAGCAGUAAACCUGGCCCUGGUGUAUGGUGGGGAUUUAGAGGACAACCGCAUUAUAUUGGGGAACUUGUUGGUUUCAUUUCCUUUGUCUGA